UUGAUGUUUUGUUGCCCAUAAAAAAAAAAGAAAAAGAAAAAAAAAGUACUGUAUAUGAAGUGUGAACUGUAAAUUCCCUCCUCUCCAAUUUUCUCUCACGCCUCUCUCGGACUCGCCCUGCUCUCUCACAUUCUCAGCAAUCUCUCCCUCCUUUCCGGCGAGGUGCAGCUACGCCGCCGCUACCACCGCCGCCGAAGCACCGACGCAGUUGAAAUUCUAGGCAAAAGACAAAAAUGAAGAUAGAAGAAGUGCAGUCGACUACUAAGAAACAGCGGAUUGCCACUCACACCCAUAUUAAAGGUCUUGGCCUUGAUGUCAAUGGAAAUGCGAUUCCACUGGCUGCUGGCUUUGUGGGCCAAGCACAGGCAAGAGAAGCAGGAGGACUUGUAGUUGAUAUGAUAAGACAGAAGAAAAUGGCUGGAAAAGCUUUGCUUUUUGCUGGCCCUCCAGGUACUGGAAAAACGGCGUUGGCUCUUGGUAUAUCUCAGGAACUUGGGAGCAAGGUUCCAUUCUGCCCUAUGGUUGGGUCAGAAGUCUACUCAUCAGAAGUGAAGAAGACUGAGGUUCUUAUGGAAAACUUUAGGCGAGCAAUUGGUUUACGUAUCAAGGAAAACAAGGAGGUUUAUGAAGGAGAGGUGACUGAGCUCUCUCCGGAAGAAACUGAAAGUGUGACUGGUGGCUAUGGUAAGAGCAUUAGCCAUGUGAUCAUUGGAUUGAAAACUGUAAAAGGGACCAAGCAAUUGAAGCUAGACCCAACUAUCUACGAUGCUUUGAUAAAGGAAAAGGUGGCUGUUGGAGAUGUUAUAUACAUAGAAGCGAAUAGUGGGGCAGUUAAGAGAGUGGGGAGAAGUGAUGCUUUUGCCACAGAGUUUGACCUUGAGGCAGAGGAGUAUGUCCCACUUCCAAAAGGAGAAGUUCACAAAAAAAAGGAGAUUGUGCAGGAUGUUACCCUACAUGAUCUAGAUGCUGCAAAUGCUAGGCCACAAGGUGGACAAGACAUAUUGUCUCUGAUGGGACAGAUGAUGAAGCCUAGGAAAACGGAAAUCACGGAUAAGCUACGGCAAGAAAUAAAUAAGGUAGUUAAUCGAUAUAUUGAUGAAGGUAUCGCGGAGCUUGUACCUGGAGUGUUAUUUAUUGACGAGGUGCACAUGCUGGAUAUUGAGUGCUUUUCAUAUUUGAAUCGGGCUUUGGAGAGUUCUCUAUCACCAAUAGUGAUCUUUGCAACAAACAGAGGAGUAUGUGAUGUGAGAGGAACGACAAUGAAGAGUCCUCAUGGAAUACCUGUAGACCUGUUAGACCGGCUAUUAAUAAUACGAACAGAAACUUACGGUCCUGCUGAGAUGAUACAGAUUUUAGCAAUUCGUGCUCAAGUGGAGGAACUUGUUGUAGAAGAAGAAGGUCUUGCUUACUUGGGUGAAAUAGGGCAGCGCGCAUCGUUGAGACAUGCAGUUCAGCUGCUAUCACCUGCAAGUGUAAUUGGCCGGAUGAAUGGCCGAGAAAAUAUCUGCAAGGCUGAUAUUGAGGAAGGUGAUUCAUUAUAUCUGGAUGCCAAGUCUUCAGCUAAGCUUCUACAGGAGCAACAAGACAGAUACAUUUCAUGAUGUAAUUACAGUCUCUAUGUUUCUGUUGUUUAGCUAUGGAGUGUAUAAUUCAGAGAAUUUAGGAGAGUGGUUAAUUUGUUGAAUGAUCUAUUAAUUACUUUGAGUGCAUAUUGAAUUCGGCGGAGAAUGCAUUUUAGCCAAGCACCGCGAUUCACAUGGUGCAGUUUUGCCUUAAUAGAAGUCGCAUAAGCAGCAAUCUUGUGACAUUGAUGA